UCCACUCCUCCUGCUUCCAUCUCCCUGUGAAAGAGGUGCACCUCCUGUCCUGAGACAUGUCCUGCUACAACCAGUGCCUGCCAUGCCUGCCAUGUGGACCCUGUGGCCCCACCCCGCUGGCCAACAGCUGCAAUGAGCCCUGUGUCCAGCAGUGCCAGGACUCCAACGUCUUCAUCCAGCCUUCUCCCGUGGUGGUGACCCUGCCCGGCCCCAUCCUCAGCUCCUUCCCGCAGAACACCGCCGUGGGAUCCUCCACCUCUGCUGCCGUUGGCAGUAUCCUCAGCUCUCAGGGAGUGCCCAUCUCCUCCGGAGGCUUUGGCCUCUCCGGCUUCGGCAGCCGCUACAGCAGCACAAGGUGCCUCCCCUGCUAAAGCUGCUGGCGAUGGCCCUGGAGAAAGACCUUCAGGGACCCAGACUUUGGUAGCUGACUGUGCACAGUGCAUAGGGUUCUUGAGUUCAGAAGGGCCAAACUAACCCAAAAACCCUUUGCAAAAGGAUGGGGCCACCCUGGGAUCUCAAAAAGUACAGACCAUGUCUGCCUUUCUCGUUCUGCACUCCCUCUUUUCCCACCUGUGUCCUUACUGUGUAGCACUGUUCCACUAGGCUCUGAGUCCAACAACGUCAGCCUAGAGAGGACCUUCUUGCCCUUCUUCCUCAGUGGAGUGUGUAGAUGGACAGCUGGCGGGAUGCCCACCACGGCCACACAGCACACGCUCUCGUCUGCCCCUGGUGCUUCCUGCACUAGGGCCUCCUCUCAAAGCAACCUCAUUUCCCUCUUUUGACUCGAAUAUUAAAGUUCUGCUGCAUCCCA